CUCAAUCAGAGGUGCCAAAUCUGUAACAGACGCCUCUGGAAGGGUGAGGGUCAAAUACGCAAAUUUACACCAUCAGGACUUUUGGGCCUCCUUCUAUUGGAUAGUUAGCCUGUUCUCCAGCCCCAAAAGUACCAGGGAAGAUGGCGUUCCUGCUGCAGCAGAUGUUGGGGGACAAACUGAAGAACAUGACAGGUGGGAAUGAUGGUGGAGAUGAAAGCAUAGACGGUAAAGAGACCGCAGCGUCUAAAGGAAUGAGCAGAGAAGAGUUCGAAGAGUACCAGAAAGAACUCAUUGAGGAGAAGAUAGAGAGGGACAAAGAGUUUGCCACAAGGAAAGCUGAGAGAGCGAACUUACGAGUGCUGCUUCGUGACAAAUACAGACUACCACAGAGCGCUCAGGACGAUGCCACCGUGCAGAUGGCGGGAGAUGAUCUGGACCUGCCAGAGGAGCUUGCGAAGAUGGUGGAGGAGGAUGAGGAACAGGAAGAGAAUAAUGAUUCUUUUCUGGACAAACUCCAAAACAUGGACGUGGACUUUGACUCAAUAAAAGCCAAAGCUCAGAGCACAAUGACUGAGGUGAAACAGGCAGCAGAAGAGAAAUGUGUCACCAUGUGAUUGUUCGGUAAACCCAUCAAAAAUCAUCCACUGGCAACAAAUGUUGAUUUGGUAAAAUUUUACUUUGCUUCACAAUUAAUGAUCAUUACUUGGUCUCAUAGAAUCAUGUUACUAUACCUACAUUUUUGCUAAAUGGUUUUUACAUGCAUUUUUACUAUAGUGAAUGACUCAUUUUAAUGUUUGCAUUACAUAAUCAACUACAUUUACAAGCUUGUUCGAGGAAGGAUGGUUUUGUUGAUUUAAAACUUAUGUUACCUUAAAAACAUAAUCUGUUUGGAAGAAUAUAUAACUCACUUUUAGCGCCAAUCAGUGGACAUUUCACUUCAGAACUGCGCAUGUGAAUUCUAAACAUGUGGCAUUCAACAAAAUGUAAUUGUAUUUUAUAGAUUUGUUUUUUUAAACAGCAGAUUUUGUGUUCUGAAUGUUUUUAUUUAAAAUUAUAUAUCAUAUAAUCAUAUAUCAUAUAUCACUAAAAAAAAUUCAGAACACAAAAUUUGCUAUUUAAAAAUACAAAUCUAUCAAAUAUGCCACAAAAACAAUUCAACUUAGUUAAAUGUCACAUAUCUAGAAUUCAAAUUUAUGAAAUUCAAAUUCUAAUAUUUUAGUCAUAAAUUUAGCUCCAUAGAAAUCAGGCUCAAUGAUAAAUGUCAAUGUGAAGUGCAGUUUAAAACCCAUUUUACUUCUGUAAUGUGAUGCAUUUCAGUGUGAAAUGUAUUAAAAUUAGGAAAAAGUUAAUAAUUUAUGAUUGUUAGUGCAACAAAAGACAUGACAACACACGAUUUCCUGCUUGUUAUUGUCAGUUGGAGGCAGGUGGUUAUAGUUUAGGGGGAGAGGAUGUUCUCAUUCUAGAGAGCAUUUUAUUGGACAAAAAUGUGUAUGCGGCCCUAUGGACAAGAUGAUCAAUGUUUUUGUUUCAUUUUGCCAGAAUAUGUGUAUAUCAGUUAAACAUUCAUUCACAAUUCAUGAAUAUUAAUGAUUUAAGAUACAAAAUGAUUUGCAAAAAUGGAACAUAAAAAAUUACGUAAACAUGCUUAGGCUAUUAAAAUGUACACAAUAUAUACUGUAAGUGCACAUUUUGUGCAUUUGACAUUUUUUGUUUUUUAUUUAUUUAUAUUUUAGUCAGCACUGAUUGUCAGAUUAAUGUAAUGUUUUUUCUAUUGUGCUAUUGUCUUUAUGUAUUGAAAAGCUGUAAAAUAAAAUAUUUGCCAUCUUUACAUAAAA